UGGGAAAAAAUUUUAGUUGCGAAGUAUAUCGUUCCCGUGUAAAGACUUGUUGGAAUUAUUUUGAUCUAAAUUAUUUUUAAAAAAGCUAGUAGUACUAAUAAUGUUCUUUCUUGGAUCACCUAUGUUUAACAUAAUAAAAUGUAUUUUAUAUUCCCUAUUGCAUUGAAACCAUAUAACUGUAGAGACAUUGUUGAAGGAAAGCCACGAAGUCAUGAUACUUGCUUUUUGUUAUUUUUAACACAAGAGCACAUUGCAUUGCCACGCUAGAGUGAUUUAACGGUUUAAAUAACCGCACGUGGUUAGCGAAAACUCAUGAUGAUUUCGCAAAAUAAUUUUACAAAACUUGGCUACAUGGUUUCUUUAAAAGGUUAUUUCUCAAACGGGACUACCUUUGACGCUGUGGUCGCCACAUUUAUCUCGUCUUCUGUCAAAUUUUAUCUCAUACCGCCUGACGCGAAACUUCCGUUAACAAGAAGCACAUUUACGACUGUGUUAGACAAAGAAAGUUGGAAGCUAGUCAGGUUUAGUUUAAGUGAAAUCGAAAUGAAGACACUUGAUGACAAGUAUGUUAUUUUUCCAUGUCAAUACCAAAACAAAAAAGUGCUAUGGGUUUCAAUACUAAACCAGAAAAUACCUGAGAACGUAACCAAGGUUGCUGCAGAACUUUUUAAGAAUAUUGAAACGGCGUCUCAAAAGACGGUAGAGAGGUGCUAUUUGCUCUGGAACGAGCCGAAGCAUGUAACAGUAGAAAUAAGUGAACAAAAACCAGCAAUAAACAGACCAGGCAGCCAACUGGAAAUUAAACAAGACAUUGUAAAAAGUAAUUUACACCCUGAGAAUGAUCAAAAACCACUUCCGAAUAAUCCUUCAUGUGUGAAACAUCACUGCAAAGAAAAAGAGUCACCAAUGUUUUCUCUACAGAGUAUAGUUGUGCCUCGUUCAUUCACACCACACUGUAAAAGUCUGGGCAACAAAAAAGGGAUUUUGGUGACAAAACAAGGCGAAAAUAAAGUCUGCAAUACGAAAGAAAAACGCGUUCGAUUUUUUAUAAGUGAAAGUUAUAAAAGUUACAAACUAUGGCGGGAAGCUCGAGGAGGUAUACCCCUUUUAAAAACAUGCAAUUAUGGAAAGCGCCAAGUCAAUAACAGGGCGUCUUAUUUGCCAAAUAUGACGUCAAAGAAACAAAAUAACAAAUCUUUCGUAAGAGUCGAUCGAUUUUUACCAAAUUUGACAUCAACUAAAAAGUCAGUAAACACAAACAAAAAUUUGACGUCAAAUAUGAAAUUUCUCUAUAAAAAAGGUUGUACUAAGCCGAUUGAUUUCAGAAAGAAUCACGCAUUCAGGGAAGACGGUCAUAAUUUGAAAGUGAAUAGUGGAAGAGACAAAAUCUCUGGUCUAGAAAAAAUCAGAACUAACAAACAAUUGAUUUCACCCUGUACGAAAGAAAAGAAGAUCAUGAGAAAAAGCAUUCCUAUAUCGAAUGAUUCUCCAAGAAAAAGACAUUUGACUACAUGGAGUAUACAUGAAGGGCCAGCCAAAGCGAUUUGGCCGUCAUUAGAAAAUAAUCGAUCCAGUGAACGGGUGUCGUACGUAAAUAAUCGAUCCAGUGAACGCGUGUCGUACGCAAAUAAUCAAUCCGGUGACAGCAUGUGUUUUAAUAAAGAAGAUACAAACCUAACUACUCGGUUAACACCUAUACAUCCACGUUUUAAAUUUCUAAAACAUCAAAACAAAAUUAACCAUCUCACAAGUACUAAAGAGAUAAAUGCUUAUAAGCACACUGUACAAAGAACUGUGGCUGACAAACUGCCACAACAAAGGAAACGAAUUAAAAGUUCAAAAAACGCGCGUAUCAUCAGCGAAGAGAACUGUUUCGAUAACAGAAAAUUCCCGAAAACUUUAUCCAAAAACACGCAAAUUAGUAAAAUAAACGAAGACAAAAAGCAACGAAAAAAUACAACUAAAGAAAAAUUUAAUCCUCAACUCAUUAUACAAGAUUGUCUAUCAAAAUGUUGUCAGGUUACUAAACCAAGUACUGGCGUAGCUGCUCUUACAGAAGUGAAACCAAUAGGUACAAAAGAAUCGCUAUUUCCGUACUGGAGUCAAGCGUCGAAAAAUGUAGAGCAACUUUCUUAUGGUGCGAGAGAGAUCAUAAAAAGAGGUGAGCGCAGCGGAAGUUUAAACUCCACGACUUUACGAAACGACUUAACGCAACUUCUAGAUUUCGUUCGCUUAAGCGAAGAAAGAAAGAAAAGAAAAUGGUUGAAGUUACUAGUCCGGAAGAAACGACUCUGUGAUAUUCUUAAAUCGAAGCAAGAGUAUAAAAUAGAUUUAAAUGAAUGGUUAAAGAACAUGGUUGCUGGUGAAUCAGCAGUCGCAACCAAAAAAGGUGAACCGAUAGACAACGAAAAGUCAUCGCUUGAAGAAACAUACAACAGUGUGAACUCCAAGUUAAUUUUAGAAAGUGAAAAGCUAGAAAAAAAUUAUCAAUUGCAGUUUGAAGAGCGUAUGUGUGUUGAAAAACGAAGAAUUUAUCAAGAAAUGUGGAAACGAGUCCAGGAAUGUCGUGUAUGCCGCCAUAUUGGAUUGUUAUUGGUAUGUGGAGACUGUUUAUCUGCAUCGUACUGCAGUAAAAAAUGUCAAAUACAAGAUUGGAUGAACGGUCAUGAAGAUACCUGUAAUUCAAAACAAGAUCGAACUUUUGCAACUUAGUUUAACGUAUUCUUGACUUUAAAUAAAUUUUAUUUUAAAAAUCUGUCCGUUAAAUUUAGUAUUUGCCGAAUAGUCAUAGACUAUAGACUAUUGCGUCCAGUCCAGAAUAUCAUACGCGUAGAAGAGCCUUGGUACAAAGUUGCAUUUCACUCUCAAGCGGGAACUUAGCUGAAUUUCCACGAAUAUAGAGGCGGGCUCUGCACUGUAGGUAUAAAAGAUUUUACUUCAAGUUAUUUUUGAAACAGCCCUUGAGAAUCUUGAAAUCACAUUUAUGCUUUUCUUUGAUGCUUUCUUUCCACGAAUCAACUCUGGGUAACGUUUAAAAGCAAAAGAUGAUAACAUACUAUAUAAAGAGUGUAAAAUAUAGAAGCAAUCAAAUAAAUCUCAAAGAUGAAAAAGGUUUAAAACUACCUUUUUUAAUUGUUUGUUCUUUUGUUUCAGAUAUAAACGCUUUCUUAUACUUUUCAGAUAAACAUUCUGGCAUUUCAAUCACUUUAUGAAACCACA